GGCUGCGGACGAAAAGAAAAUGUUAUCAACGUUCAACCGGCUUACUCUUGUUGCACGUCACUUGAGUCGUUCACCAGCUGCUCUAAUUGGCACACGUAGGUGCGAAUCGUCUUUUUCUAACCGCAAUCUUCUCAUAAACCAUCCUCGAAAAAUGUAUCGGAUUGAAGAAAGAGGAGCUCCCAAUACGUUGGAACACCGCAUAUUCUUCCGAGAUGAGUUUGGACCUGUAUCCCCUUUCCAUGACAUUCCUCUAUUUGCCAAUCAAGAACAGAAGGUUUUCAAUAUGGUUGUUGAAGUACCCCGCUGGACAAAUGCUAAGAUGGAGAUAUGCAAAGAAGAGCCUCUUAAUCCCAUAAAGCAAGAUGUGAAGAAAGGCAAGCUAAGGUUUGUGGCCAACUGUUUUCCCCACCAUGGUUACAUUUGGAACUAUGGAGCUCUUCCUCAGACUUGGGAAAACCCAAACGUAGUAGAUGAAAGAACGGGAUGUAAGGGAGAUAAUGACCCCAUAGAUGUAUGCGAAAUCGGCCACAGGGUCGCUAAACGGGGUGAUGUUCUCCAAGUCAAGGUCUUGGGAACUAUUGCAUUGAUCGACGAAGGUGAAACUGAUUGGAAAGUCAUAGCAAUUGACGUUAACGACCCUUUGGCAGCUGAGCUGAACAAUAUUGAAGAUGUUGAGAAGCAUAUGCCGGGAUUUAUGAACGCAACCGUUGAGUGGUUCCGCAUCUAUAAAAUGCCUGACGGAAAGCCAGCGAACGAAUUUGCCUUUAAUGGAGCGCCAAAACCACACGAAUUUGCGCUUGAAGUGAUUGUAGAGGCCCACGAGCACUGGAAAAAGAUGGUUGCUGGCCAAGUUGACUGCCAUGGAGUUAACAGCACCUGUGUAAGCGCUGAUGGUGCCCCAUGCAAGGUACCAAUCUCAGAAGCGCAGGAAAUUGUUAAAAAGAGUCCUGAGUUAACGGAUGGCCCUGGUCUGGAAAGCGAAGUGGACAAGUGGCACUACACCCAUCUUCAAAAAUAGAGGAUCCACCUGAAACAUAACUGGAAAGAAGACAAUCUACCUUCAAUUUUACCCUUUUCUUGCAAAGUCGCAACAUAUUCCAAUAGAUUUCCAGUUCAAAGAUA